AUAGAUUAAUAAAAGUGAGAAGUUGAGAAUGGCGUCAAGAUUGCCGUCAAGCAGCCACCAGAGGAAGCUGGGACCGGCGCCGAUUGCAUCCUUCGAGGAUUUGUCCGACGAAGUGGAAAACGGAGAAACGACAACAGCGAGAAUGCCGGGGAUUGUUGAGGUGACGACCCCCAUAACACCUGGUAGCUCACUCAAGACUCCCAGCACACCCAGGAUCGACAUCAGUAGGGCCAGCAGUUCAUCCCAUCAUGAGGACAGUAACAACUCCAGAGAAUCUUCUCCCGAGAGAGAAUUACUGGCAGGUGCAGAACCACCAGCUGGAACAACUUUAUCAUUAGGUUACAAAGAGGAUGCUCAGGAUUUGCGAUCAUCAACAGAAGAGCUGGACUUGCAGGAUCCAAUUCACGUCCAAGAUCUCAAAAGAGACUCAAAGCGAGCGCGAAGGAAAAAGGAGGACGGCACUCAAUCAGAAUGUGGGAUGAGUCUGAAACAGGAGCGCGAGCGUAAAGAUAGUAAUUGUUCAGAAAUUAUUUUACUUAAUAUAAGUGGUAGAACAUCACGGUUGUCUUCCGUUGGGAGUCAAGGCUCCGGAGUAUCCGGGAGACUCUCAGUUGUCUCUGCUACUUCUUCCAGAUCACCAAGUCCCCACAAGUGUCUCCUGGAGACCUCGUUCUGCGGCAGCAAGCCCACUUUAGCAGAAACAUCGAUGGAAACUUCAAAACCGGAGACAGAAGACUUGGAGAUAAUGUUGCUUAAGCGCGAGGCUGACACAACAAAAGCCCUUAUUCCGGAGAGCAUAAAGGUGCCAAUGGUGGGUGGGAAUCUGAAGCCUGAUCCCCUGGAUAAGCCUCGGAGACGUGGGUAUGAAGAGAGGAAAGAAAUAUUUAAACGCGAAGUUGAGAUCACGAAGCGAGUCUUGGAAAAGGUCAACAUCGAGGUUCCAAUUAUCAGAAAACCGCCGAAAGUUGAGGAGCGAGAUAUCAAAGCUAACGCGGAGGUACAAAAACCUGUCACGUUGGAUUUUAAUGACAAACGAAAAAAAGCUCAAAAUUUUAAGGACGUUGUACAGACGACACCCAGCAUCGGAAGUCUCAGUGGAAGCCCAAAAUUACCGCGGCAUCAGAAAGUUAGGGAACUUGAGGGCUCAAGAACUCCUAGUCCUUCUUCAGUCUCCAGGAAAAGUAGUUUUGCGUCUUUAUUCAAAGCUCGGGCAGAAGUUACAGCACUGAGUCCAGAGUCUCCAUCACCAACGCCCUGCACAAAGUCCCGACGAAGUUUGACGUCAAAGAUAAAAGACACGACAGAAAGUUUAAGAAGUAGAUCAAAAUCUCGUGAACGCGGGUCAGUCGACAGAGGAAGUACGAAGAACAAAAAUGUCUUCACAUCAACGCUAAGUAUCUUUAAAAAACGUGAGCGAAAAAAGAGCAUCCAGUAUUCUGGAGGUAGCACUCCAGACCACGAGCUGAUGGGUCACCCGUCACUGGAGAGUAUCGGGAACGUCGAGUUCAGAUUCGAUGGAGAUCGGCCAAGUCGAAACGAAGACUCGAUUUUCAUAAGCCUGCAUGCCGACUCGAGGAACUAUGAAGAAGCUUUGCCGUCAGAGAGUGUGUCUAUACCCAUCGAGACACCGACUAAGCUACUGGAUGAAUACGAAAAUGAACCUAGAACCGGGAGUAUCGUAACUGAAGCUUCGAUCGAGCACCGGGGCUCCGGAACACGGAUAAGAACCGAGGCGAUGAUCGAGUCAACCGGUCGAGAACUCCAGAGUCCUUUGAGACCCAGCGCCUCCAAAGAAUCUCAGUUGUCCAAGACCUCGUCAAAGGACUCGAGAAUCAGUAUCCAGACGGCGAAGCACAUCGAGGUGCCAUCGAGACCCGGGUCUACGGAUCCCACGAAAAAUGAGUCUGUCAGUGUUUCUAGCAGAGAUUCCGUCGAAAGUAAAACUAUUGUAAAGCCCAAGAGAAAAAGCAAAGAGAAUACGCCGAGAGUCGAAAGUCAAUCAAAACCUGAGGUGGAAAGUAAAUCAAACACAAACAGUGGAAAAAGUCCAUCAAGGACAGACAGUUUGCCGAGAAAUCAAGAAAGUAAAUUAAGAGUUUCAGAUCUCGAGAGUGAGAGUGAUAAAAAUAAAGUUAACGGAGGCGAGAGCUCUGAUAAAUCCUCACCGUCAACUCAAAGAUUAUCCGAAAGUCUAGCAGUUAAGUCUCAAGACGGAUUGGUCAAGACGCCGAGUGUGGUUUCCGAUUUAGAUCACAACAGCUCCGAGUCCGAACGAGAUUCUGAGAUUGACUUUGUGAGGAACAAAGUUGUGAAAGUCGUCAGCGAGGAGUUGCCUGAUGAAAGAAAGGGAUUGUUCAAUGAGGAAAGCUUCGAGGAGGAUCUUCCUUACGUGCCAACGACACUACCGAUGGAGAAGAGCGUCGCGGUACCGAUCCUCCCGGUGAAGCAGCGGCUCCAGGAAGUUAGGACGAUCCCGAUCGAGCGACCCAGGUCCACGACGCCAAUAAAUCCAACUCUGCUCGACGAGUUCGUUAUGCAGACCUCUCACGACGAGAAGCGUGCUGAUAAAAUGAAAAUUUCGCUGCCUCGGGAGGACAGUUUCAAGCUGAAGAGUCCGAGGAAGCACUCAAUCAACACAUUCUCGGAGUUUGCUGAGCGAGUGGUGCCUGAUGCUGUGAAAAAAACUGCCGGGAAAUCUCCGAGUCCGCCGCCUCCACUACCUCCCAGGGCUCCUGCCCCUCGCCCGACGAACUGGGUGAAUUUUGAAGAGAUUCCCGAGCGUAGGAAAGCUCCCAAGAGGAUUCAAACGAUUCCACGUCCUGAAGAGGACAUCAAAGCCGGUUAUAGCUACGUUCAGCCGGAAGAGUGUCGCUGCGAGUGUCACGAAGAAUCGAGACGUGCUUCCCACAGAGAACCUGCUCCAGGUUCCAACGCUGUUGCUGCUGCCACUAGCAGCGUUACAACUUCUUCGUCGGCAUCUGUCGCGCGAACUUCGUCGACCUGCAGCAGCAGCAAUGGCGAGCGUGCUUGCAACGGCGACAAUUGUACAGUGCCAACGAGCUCCGGGGACCGGGCCAGCAUCGUGAGUGACAGCUCCCUGGAUCUAAGUCCCGGGAGUGAGGACCCGGUUGCCACUCAAGUGCUCCUGGGGCCCAUGAAACCUUUUGCGAUGGACCUGGACCUCGGCUCGAAUCGCUCGAGCAUCAUAUCCCAGGAAGAGACUGAUGAUAUUAAUAUGCCGUAG